GCCAGAGUCAGAUGUGUUGUGAGGCCAGAGUUUCACGGUUUGGUUUGUCCUCGGCUCGACAAAUAAGCAGCAGAUAUGCCAGUGGAAAAAGGGAAUUGGAUACAAUCUCCAGGCCAAACUGCUUUCCAAUCCCUCAGCUAUAACAUGUCUGGUUGAGUGAAAGUAUUUCUUCACUGCACAUGUAUUAAUUCCAGAGGGACAGUCAGUCUCUUAUUAUAUGUUUUUAUUCACUGCAGCGGCAAAGAAACGGUUUGGUACUGAGGGGCAAUUGCAUAGUGGCAGAUAAAAUAGAAUGAAGCUGCCAUUGGAAAAAUGGAACCACAUUGGCAAUAUUUUCAGACACCCCAAUGGUGAAGAAUGAUUUAACACACUGUUGGUAAUCCACUGCAGGUCUACACAGUCUCACACCCUAUCAGGAUCACUGUGCAGGACCCUUCCCCGGUGAAUUUCUUUGUUUUUGCUUUGUGUGGCUGGUAUCUCCCUCAUUAUACAUGUGAAUGUGUCGGGGGAGUGUGGAGGCUUUUCACAGAACUGUGCGAGAUGUUGGUGUGAACCACACCCAGCCUGCUCACUGAUAGCCACUUUAAAGAAAGGAAGAAUGUGGAAGACAGCACAGAAAUAAAGAAAGAAAGAAAGAAAAAAAGAAAGAAAGAAAGAAAGAAACCCUGUCUAAAGAGAAGAUGGUUUUGAAGGGUGACCAGGAGGCAGCAGCUGCUCUGUCUGUGAGCAGGCGGUACUGUGAGAGGGAGCCUCUCCUGGGCUCUGUCUCCGCUCUGCUGUGGGCACCGCUGGGACAGGAGGAGCUGCGAUCCCAGGCAGGGGGGCCCAGGUGGCGGGCGCUGCGCUGCAGUCUGCUCACACUCUUCUGGCUUGCCUGCCUGGCGAUGCUGGGCACAGCCACCACCAUCAUUGUUCAAACCCCACGCCCAGUGCCACCCCGCCUGCACUGGUGGCAGAAGGAUCUGUUCUACCAGAUCGAACCCUCUCUCUUCCUAGAUACCAACCAGGAUGGUAUUGGAGACAUCAAUGGUAUCCGGGCUGGCCUGCCAUACCUGCAGUCUCUGAGGGUGGGGGCUCUGAUCCUGGGGCCCUUCUUCUCAAGCCUCGGGGGAUCCGGCUCUCCUCCCAACCUCACCCGAAUAAACCAGACCGUGGGAUCCAUUGAGGACUUUGAGGCACUUAUUGCCCACAGCAACUCCCUGGGAAUUCAGAUUUUGCUAGAUCUCUGCAGUGUUACACUAUGGCACCCUGAAACCUUCAACACCUCCAGUAAUCACACUCUGUCUGACCCAAACACCAGCCACCUGGGAACAGUGAAGAGCGCCCUGCAGUUUUGGUUGGAGCAGGGAGUGGCUGGAUUCAGGAUCUGUGACACAGAAACCAUCAACUCAGAGCAGGCCCUAGAGGAAUGGCAAGCGGUGAUUAAAGUCUACGGCUCGAAGGAGGAUGAGAAUGAAAGGAUCCUGAUUGUCUCGUCAGUGAAUGCUGAUUCUCAAUGGCAGGAUGCUGAUAUUGUGAAACGCUCCCUCGCCGAUCUCUUCACCCGCCCCCUCCUGCCUCCCUCGAGGGGAAACCUCUCCGCACAGGAAGUGGCCGACGCGGUGGAGCAAGCGCUACUCACACCGCCAGAGGCGUGGCCUAGCUGGACGCUGGGGGGUCCCAAGGUGGGCCACUUGGGUGAACUGCCACGCCUCUUCAGUGUCCUCACCUUCACCCUGCCCGGGACGCCGUUCCUUUACUACGGGGACGAGAUCGGCCUUCAUGAGCAGCAGAACAACUCUGUGACGGAGCUGCUUCCCAUGAGGUGGGGAUCAUAUCAAAUCCCUGGGAUUGCGCGACAUCCCACAGGAUCCCCCGGAGGGGCUGAGACACAGAUUUCGGUCGAGGCUGAGCUGAAGGAGAAGCGCUCAGUUCUUAAGCUCUUCAAAUCUCUAAGCCAGGCCAGGGCUCUGGAAGUGGCCCUGCAGUGUGGGAAUUUCACUCUGCUCCCCUCCAGCACCACUGCUCCCUCCCCAGUGCUGGCUUUUCUGCGCUCCUGGGAGUGCGUCCACUUCCUCAUCCUGCUCAACUUUGGCCACCAGGAGGCAGCACUGACAGACCACUGGACUUCCGGCCUGCCCACGCAGGGCGCCAUAGUGGUCAGCUCCAGACUGGACCGUCAGGGAGCCGUAGCACUGGACACUCUGCGGCUGCAGCCACGAGAGGCCUUGGUGGUCAAGCUUUUUGAUACCAACUACAAUAGGUCCUAGAGCUCAUUCCACUACACAGAACUUCACAGGGGCUAGAUUGAAAAUUCCUCUUUCAUUUAGGUUAAAGUAACCCUCUUAAAAGUAUACCACAGUAAAAGCACAGCACAGUGUAAUAAAGCAUAGUGAAUGCAUGGUAAAGCUGAGGUAAACAUUCUAAAAUAACAGAUAAGUAUGGUAAACCAUAUUAAUAAAUGCAGCAUUAGGAUUCUCCAAACAAACUCAAAGCUAGACUGAGGCAUAUUUAUACAAUUCUCAUAUUUAAAAGCAUCAUAAAAUAGUAAAGAAGUAUGAAAGACUGAUAUUUACUGAUGUUUUAGGAGCAGUGGUAUGUUACAUGAUCAAUUUCAGUAACAGAGAAUUACAUUACAGUUUAUUACUUAAUUCAAAAACAAAAGGGACAGCCUUCAUGUAAUUUACCUUCUAAAACUAUACAACUGGCUGCAAAUGCCAACCAAGGUAUUAUUAUUUUGUUUAGAAAUAUAAUUCCUAACCCGAGUUCUUUUAAAUAAAUAAAAUAAAGUUUGUGAUUUUAAUGUGUGUAAAGUACAGAGAUAAAUAACAAAUAAAAUAUUCUUUCUAUUCCAGAA